AUGAGUGUUCCUAAAAGCCAACCUAGUAAUCAAUCUAACGAUAAUAAGAAGAAAAAAUUGUGUGUUUAUUUACUGUUGAACUCUAGCAAAUCGAAAGUUUAUGUCGGAACGACCAAUAACCUAAAAAAUCGAAUAAAUAAGUUGAAUAAUUUAUAUUGUAAUAACGGCGGUAGUAAUGAACAAAACUGGAUUCCGAUAUUGGUAAUUACUGGAUUUUUAUCAAUUCCGGAGGCAGUAAAUUUCGAAAUUACAUUGAAAUCAAUCUCAAAGAAAAGAAGCAACGAAUUUACCAGAAUUUUUUUUCAAAAAAAAUAUUGUAAAGAUGACGACGACAAAGUUAAUUGUAACACUUUUCCUAAAAUUAUUUUACCAAAGAUUUUUGCUUCAAGACAUUUAUUAUAUGAAUAUGAUCUUUACUGGAAAUCUAACCUUAUGGUUAGUAAUGGUGGCGAUAGUAAUAAUAAAAGCAAUAGCGGAAGAGAAUAUGGUUUAUAUUGGGGUAGUUUCAUCAGCGAACAACAGCAAUAUAGAAAACAAUUUGAAAUUGUCAAAGAUUUUUCAUGGUGCAAACAAAAUCAAAAUAGAAUUGUUAGACAUUGUAAAUUGGAUUUAAAUGAUUUUGAUGGGGAUAUGGGAGAUAGAAAUUAUUAA